AUGCGUAUUCGCCUACAGCCUCGCAGGAGACCACAAGGUAAGCGACCCCCAGGUAAGCUGAAUGUUGCUUUGUUGUCUUUGCCCGCUCAUCAUCUUCAUUCCAGCAAUGAGCUAGCUCAACGGCUAGACAACCUCACCAUCGCCGAUGCCGCCGCUGCCGCGAACGCCUCCGUGGAGAACCGCUGGUGUCAACUGUGAGACACGGUCCAGUCGACGGCGCUCACCGUCCUCGGUCGCGCUCCCCGCCAACACCAGGACUGGUUCGACGACAACGACGCUGCCAUCAGAAAUCUGCUUGCCGAGAAGAACCGCCUACACACAGCCUACGUAGAUCACCCCACUGAGGACAACAGAGCUGCCUUCUACCGCAGUCGCCGACAGCUUCAGCAACAACUGCGCGAGAUGCAGGACGCCUGGACUGCUUGCAAAGCUGAGGAGAUCCAAGGCUACGCGGACCGCAACGAAUGGAAGAACUUCUUCUCCGCGAUCAAAGCUGUCUACGGUCCGCCGACGUAGGGCACUGCUCCUCUCCUCAGCGCCGACGGCAGCACUCUCCUGACUGAGAAGACGCAAAUACUACAGCGAUGGGCCGAGCAUUUCCAGGGCGUCCUCAACCGCCCUUCCGUCAUCUCCGACGCCGCCAACGCCCGCUUGCCGCAAGUGGAGACCAACGUGGACCUCGACCUCCCGCCAUCUCUCCAGGAGACCAUCAGGGCCGUGCAGCAACUCUCCAGCGGGAAAGCACCCGGAUCGGACGCAAUCCCUGCUUAG